GCCGUCGAUGAGGAAGUGCGACUCAACCUGCGGCGAGGAGGGAAAGAAACGGCUCGUCUCUGUAGUUCCUGGAAGGAGCGUGUCACCAAACACGGCGUGAAGACUGGUGACAACAACACCGGGAAUAUUACCGAGGAUGUCAACAGAAUGAAACCAGCAACUGACUGGCGCCGCCACAGCGGUAAAGGGUUUGUGGAGAGAAGGAAAGUGAGAGAGGAAGAAGAGGAGGAGGAGGAGGAGGGGUAGACAGGCUGGCAGACAGGUGCGACUCUCCAGCCUGUUCCGUUUUCUCUCGGUACUAGUACAGCCAUGGAUACCCGCAAGGAGAAUAAGGCGAGAAAACAACCCAUGAAACCCAAAUCGACAACGCGAAAAGAGAAGAAAUACAAAACCGGGAGGUUUAUGAGGAGGAAAUCGUUGCGCUCUUUUGGGAAUUUCAUGGGAAGGAUCCUUAAAACUUUGGGCACUUUGAGGCACUUUGGAAACGCGGAAUCUCCGGACGCAGAGGACGACGACGGCGGCUUCGGGCAAAGCGCUUCUUCUUCUGGGGGUUUCAAAGACGACUGUUCCCAUGGCCCCAGAGAGGGAGCCGUGAAGAAGAGCUCCUCCACGGUGUCCUCGCACGGCUCCGUGAAGGAGAGGCUGUCGUGGUGCUACGGCGACAAGACCCCCGGAGUGCUGGGUCUGAAGAACCACGGCAACACCUGUUUCAUGAACGCCGUGGUUCAGUGCCUGAGCAACACGGACCUGCUGGCCGAAUACCUCGGGCUGGAGCAGUACAAGUCGGAUAUUAUGGGCCAACAAGGAAGGGUGAACGGUGAGCUGAAGGCAGAGGCGGCUCAGACCGCCCGUGGAGAAGUGACGGAGCAUCUGGCGUCUCUGGUGCGAGGGCUGUGGACGCUGGAGUACACGCCUCACCUGUCCGUGGAAUUCAAGAGCAUUGUGGCAAAAUAUGGCUCUCAGUUUCGUGGGAACUCUCAGCACGAUGCCCUUGAGUUCCUCCUCUGGCUUUUGGACUCAGUUCAUGAAGAUGCCAGUUCCAGCCUCAACAAUAACAACAGCAGCAGCAGCAGCAGCAGCAGCAAGACCAAAGCUAACACCAAGGGACCCAGUCCAUUGGACGAGUCUUCCAGUCCCACUUUAGCCAGCACCCAGCAGCCUCGAGGUCGCCACAGUUUUGUCCAGGAACACUUCCAGGCUCAGUACAGGUCAUCUCUGACAUGCCCUCAUUGCCUUAAGCAAAGCAACACCUUCGACCCGUUUUUAUGUAUCUCCCUGCCAAUCCCACUUCGACAAACCAGGCCGCUGUGUGUCACGCUGGUGUUCAGUGCAAAGGGUCAUAGAUAUUUGCGGGUUGGACUGGCCGUACCUCUUUUUGGUAACUUGUCCCUCCUGAGAACCAUGGUGGCAGAGGAGGGCAACAUCUCCCCAGACCAGGUCAUCCUGUCAGAGUUGUACACCACGGGUUUCCAGCGCUCCUUCUUUGAUGACGACGACCUGACAGUCGUUGCUGACAGCGACGUGGUGUACGCUUUUCAGGCUCCUCCCAUCUACAGUCGUGGAGGUUCUGCUCCACACUCAGGGUAUCACCACAGCCUCCCCUCCUCCCCCUACACCUCCACGGCUGGACCUGACGGUGAGAGGUUACCGUCUGGCACGCUCUCCUCUGAAUACCUGAACAAGGGCGGCUCCUCGAAGAUCCUCCUCCUCAUCUGUAACACAGCGGGGUCCGGACAACAAGCUGUCAGGUUUGGGCCUCCAUUUCUCAUGCACGAAGACAGGAACAUCUCCUGGGAGCAGCUGCAGCAGAGCAUCCUCAGCAAGCUCUAUUAUCUCAUGCUGAAUGGAUCUCAGGCUCAGAGUGCUGGCGUGCUGUUUAAGGUGAGAGUGGUAGGAGGAUCAGCAGCAUACAGCUACCUGUCGCCACAGGACAACAGACCACUGCACCACCCUGCAGUUGACAGAGCAUUGAAGUUCUGUGGCACUGGUGGACCCCUGCACGUAAAGAUUGUCAUUGAGUGGGACCACAAGACUAAAGAAUGUCUGUUUGGUAGCAUCCAGGAGGAGGUGGUGAAGGAUGCAGAAAGUGUGAGGAACCAGCAGCAGCAACACCUACAGCAGCACAGCUGUACUUUAGACGAGUGCUUUCAGCUGUAUACCAAAGAAGAACAGCUUGCCCCAGAUGAUGCCUGGAAGUGUCCCCACUGUAAGCAGCUUCAGCAGGGUAUGGUGAAGAUGAGCCUGUGGACUCUCCCUGACAUACUGAUCCUCCAUCUGAAGCGUUUCCGACAGGUGGGUGAGCGGAGGAACAAGCUGUCAACUCUGGUGCGUUUUCCCCUCACUGGGUUGGAUAUGGCCCCCCACAUGGUGAAGCGGACUCAGAGCAUGAGGAACCUGAACCUGGGAGCCUGGGCACCUUCCUGGAAGCAGCCUUCGGGACAGCGCCACCAACCUGUCGACAUGACCCUCCCACUCGACUAUCAGUACGACCUUUAUGCUGUGUGUAACCACCAUGGAGGAAUGCAUGGAGGACAUUAUACCGCUUACUGCAGAAAUUCAGUGGAUGGCCAGUGGUACAGUUAUGACGACAGCAGUGUUGACCUGGUGCCAGAUGAGGAAGUAUGUACCAGAGGAGCCUACAUCCUUUUUUACCAGAGACGCAACAUCAUUCCUCCAUGGUCGGCCAGUAGUUCCAUCAGAGGCUCUACCAGUUCAUCAGUGUCAGACCACUGGCUCAUCCGGCUCACAGUGGACAGUAAGCGAGGCAGUCUGGUGUCUCGAUCCUCCAUCACCUGCCCAUCUUCCAUUCCCGACUCUCCAGAAUCUCCCGUCUUCCUCGAUGAUUGUUUGACAGAGGAAAAGGGGGGUAUCGAGAGCAGGCACUUUAUCAGGGGUCUUCAGGGACGAAGCGUGAGCAUGAGAGCCCCGAGCAAGACCAAAGAUGCGCUGAGCAAAGUCCUUCCUUUGCGCUGGUCGUUUGGUUCCAAGGACAGACGCAAACCUGACUCGGUGCCCCAACCAGUUCAGGAUCCAGCCCCAGUGGAGCUAGUGCAGUACUUGGAAUCUGGCCGCCGGCCUCGGUGCACAAAGGACCCAAUAGUAACACUGAUGAGUGAACCCCGCAGCACAAAGGAAGCUGCUGUAGGCAAUGCUGCAGGCACUGCCCAGUCUGUUAAAGCAAGAGAUGAGCUGCUGACAGAGUCUCCACAGGUCCCAGAAGGACAGAGGAGACCAUCAGACAAGACAUCCAGUCUGAGACGCAGCAGGGGAGGCCAGAAAAGAGAUGAGGGCACCUCCAAUAUCAGCAACAGCUCUAGCAGUAACACCCUCACCAGGAGGAAGGAUGCCAAAAAGCAGAGCUCUUCUUAUGCUUCCCAAGAUACUGAUACAAAAAGAAGUUUGAGUGCUGGAGUUCAGCCCAGUUACAGUACCCCAAGUCUUAAUGAUGGGACUCUGAGAAGACAAAGGGGAGACAGGCCUGACAGGGAACAUCCCACUGCAAAUGAAGCAAACCCUAAAACCAAGAGAGGAGACGUGCCGAAGAGCCACGAGGGAUUGCUCUCUUUCUUCAAAGGUAACUUUCUGAAAAAGGACAGGGACUCGAGGAAGUCCAGGGACGGUGAGUCGGGAAGAGGAGGAGAUGAGGACGGAGGAAGAAGGACAUCGUCAAGGCUAUCACUGUCAAACGGAGCAGCGGGUGGCAGAACUGGCGUGGAAGGAGGAAUAUAUACUGGCCAUCUGGGUUACGAGCUGGCAAACGGGAAGGUUGGACGCUCGGCAGCCGACAUCAAACGCUCACAAAGUUCCUCCAAUAUUCCGACCAAGGCGGAGCCGAGUAUGCACAGGACGGCGUCUCUGCAUCGCAACGGCGCGGCGGCACGCAGCCUGACGGCCGACAAGCCGUCGUACGGCACGCUGCAGAGGACUCGAUACAGCACAACUUCGCUGGGACGCAAAAGGACAGUCCCCGAGUCGAGCUUCUGACAGAGAUCUUUAACACACAGCCUUUUCUGAUAUAUACAUAUAGGGAAUAACAUCUUGUCUCCAAGAUCAAAAGCAAUAGUGCUAAAUUCACAGUGAAAUGCCUUUUGCUGCCAGAAAAUGAACUGGCUCAAGUGAUUUGCACCUUUAGCUGGAACACAGAGAGCAGAAUAAAACGAUGUGACUCGACUGUCUAAUGUCAGACGGAGUCCAUCGCUGUUUAUUGUUUUUCCUUUUUUUUAAAUCACUUAAAACAAGUGCCUGAUAAAAUCUAAUAUGCAGUUAGACCAAUGAGUUUAUAUGUCUUUUAGCACUAGAAGCACAAAAGCCCUUAAACAUAAACACGCACGUACACGCAACUCCGCAUACAAACAAGAGAUUUUUCUUAUCAAUUUAUUUGAAAUUCCUUUCAUUUUGCUUGUAACAAGGACACGCUAAGUUAAUCUAUAAAAGAAAUGGCAUGUGGCCACUUGUUUGGAGCGGUGAGGCUGCUGUUCCUGAUUAACAUCAGUUAUUUCUAAUUGAUCUCCUGUUUAAUAUGUAUGUAGAGUACAGAAUGGGUUUGAAUCCAUGUGACUCAUACUGCAGUAAGUGGUUAUCACAGGGGAAAAAUUAAACAACUCUGCAGGCAGCAGUGGUCUUCUAUAGCCUAACUCACCUCACUGCAGCAGAGGCAAACAAGGAAAAGUACAUACGUCUUUCAUAAUAUUAAGAAUUCAUAUCAACAGAAGCAUAAUAUCAGUUGAAUAUCCACCCUGAGAUUAUUAAAUUCAUUUCAUUUCGGUUUUAUCUUGUGUUUGGUACCUGUACUUUACAGAACUGUCUGCUAAGGAAAUGCAUUUGGCCGUGGGUUAAAUGGAAGAGGUGACCAUUAUUAGCGCAGCGAGGGAGUGUUGAGCUUUUCCCUGAACUCGAAAUGCAUUUCCAUAAUAUUAUUCCACGUUGUUCUUUUUGGAUUUGUCGCUGAUUACUUGGGGCUACACUCUUUUUACACCACAUUAUAAAAGUAGUCACGUUUAACAAAACAGGUUUUCUCCUUUAAUCAUUCCCAGUGUGAACAACCAAAUCUAUGAGAGGUUUAAAAUGCCUAAAUAAAGGCAAAGCACAAUACUUCACAAUCGAUACGUUUUUCCUAUUUACUGGAAGCUGUAGACACUCAUGAGUGUAAUAACCGUGAAGUGUGCCAAGAAGUGACGGAAAUGCACAGGACAGGGUCAGUGUCACGGCAGUCUCGCUCACAGGAAGCCGUUGAGUGUUGUCUGUAACAACUGCCGUUUGCUCAUUGUUUGUCGGCGCUGGAUGACUCUGGAAUAUCGCUCACCUCCAAACAUCUUUAAUUAAAGCAGCUGUUUAAAUAUACCAUUUCUUUUCAUUCAGGCACUUUUAAAUCCCACACACACAAACUUAGCAGGUCCCCUGUGAAUCCGGUGUUAUGAAGGUUGUGCUGUGCACGUCGUGUCUUUUUCCGCAGCUUAAAGUGUUAUAUCGAACAUUAAUGGUGUUUAUAUUUUUGGAUGCUAUGCUAUGCUAUGCUAUGCUAUGGGGACAGAAACAAACCUGUUUCUUGAUUGUUUUAUUUCGGUUUUCCUCCAUCUUUUACUGUGCAGCUUCGUGUCAUUGCGCUUCAUAAUCAAAACGUUACUUGUAAGAAAAAUGCUGAGCUGAAUGACACGACUUCACUCGUCGCGCUCAUUUGCAGCUUCAGCGAGAGUCGUAGGUGGAGGUGAGGCACUUCCAUCAAGGCCACUUACGUAACUGGUGGAGGACGGCCGAGAAGGUAAUUUCAUUUCCCCUGUCAUCAUGUCCCCGUUCACUCCAUUAAUGGAAAUGGGUGAUACCCUCGUCACAGGUCUGCAUCACAUUCUGAUUGUUCUUCAGCAGGAUAAUAGGCCAGCUGUUAUCGCCUGUUGUAGCCAUAAUUGAAUGCUGUGUAUGACAGAGACAUCCCAUCAUUCCCACUUAGACUGAACACAUGUAUGACCCUAGGUUUGAUCAGGGAAACGUGAUGGGAAUGUUAUGUAUCCCGUAGCUAAUCAUUUGCAAAUGGAUUUAACAAAGUGUUUCCUCUCUCUUAUUAUCUGUCUCAAGCAGGAAACAUUGAUUCUCAUCAUUGGAAAAAUUCAAGGUACGGCAAAAUAUGUCGACGUGCUCUCACUCGCCGGUAAUAGUGAGUAGCAACUAGAAUGAAGUUGCACUUGAAAUGCAUACUCAUGUCUUUUCUGAGGGGUUUGGGGAGUUCAUCAUGAAGGGCAGUUUUCUAUAAAACAGUGUGUUUCUCACGAUGUACAGUUUCAUUUUAAUUAUGAACACUGAAAUCGUCUAUAUUUUCUUUCUUUUUUUUAUGUCACGAAAACAAACUGCUGCUUUCUUUUUUCAAAAUAAACAAUGACACUGUACCGCACCACAGUUCCAAGUCUGUGAAACAAAAAAAGUGGAAUGUUUUAGGAGCUAUUUGUUUGUUUCAAGGUAUUUUGGAUAGGGGACUAAUUUCCUUCCCUAAACUUCAUAAUAAACUUUCCUUAACUUCAGACCCAGACAGUUGUGCACCUUGAGUCACUGCAGAGGAACGUUGUUAUUAUUAGUUUAUACAUUAAGCCAGUGUUUUUCCCCUCGUCAUAUUAAAUAAUCUUGCUGCAAGCUGUUGAUAUAGCUUUGGUCUAUACUGUGCACUGCUGCAGUGUAUAGAAAAAGAUAUACAUAUAUAUAUAUAUAUAUAUAUAUAUAUGUAUAUAUAUAUAUAGAGAGAGAGAGAGAGAGAGAGAACUUAGACAAACUUUGCACAAAUACACACCACAUUUACUUAAACAACACUUGCAUUAUCCAGUCCAUUUUAAGCCUAAGCAAUAAUAGUUGAAUGUGUUGCUUACUGUUGUUGGUCUUUGUACAAUUUUCUUUAACGCUGCUGUCAAAAGAAUCACAGAGAAAACUCUGUUUUUAAAUGAGAGAAAGGAAAAAGGAAAGCUUGGCUAUUUUUGAGAAGACGAGGAGGGGAAAUAAAGAUGCUCGUACACAAUUUAUUAUAAAUGCUAGUCAAUUCUGACUGUUUUCAUUAAAUUCACACGUGUUUGGUUUCGUUCUGUAGAUGAUAAUAUAUCUGAGAGAUCAAUUAUAAUAGGACACAAAGUUUAAAUUGGGACACAAAGUCUGUAUUGCAUUAUACAUUUAAAGGUUUGUUUGUUUUCUUUCCAUGACUUAAUCUACAGAAUGUUUAUUCUGUGUUGACAUGAGCUUUUUUUUUUGUGAAAUGUGAGUUGGAGAUGUUUUAUAUGAAAUUUUUCUACAUUUUAUAUAUAAAAAAAUAGUUCUAUGUUUGUGUUGAAUGAGUGAAUAAAUGAGGUUAUUGGCAUUGAC